CCAAUGACCUUUUCCACAAUCCCAAAAAGGACUGUCAAAGUCUUUUUAAGACUGGAAUAUCCUGAAAUAUCCGCAUACGGCGGCCCUCACAGACUUAAGCACAAGGCAUACACAAGCCUGGUUAAUUAUUGACAAAAACAUGAUUACUCCACCCAAAGAAGUUAAUUUAUAACACGGCAAUGAAGAAGAAACGCUACGUAUGGUUAAUGUUCAUGCUUUAUGGCAUGCUAUGGAUUUUCACGCAAUUAUAACUUUGGGUGUCAUUGUUGUGGGCUACGUGAAACUUUAUAACACCGGUUUUUUAGAAUAAGUGAACCCUCCAUGGAUGGAUGAUUAGUCUUUGCGAAGAUAAAAUAUAAUUUAUUGAACAAAAUGUUCUAACGAACCAGGUUACGACAUUGCUGACCGAAGAGUCAUCAACUGACAGCAAAUCAUUAAGGUGACUCACGUCGGUGACCUGCUCAAAGGGAAUUCUUAAAAAGAGAAUCUUGGUCCAGACACCAUUUAAUAACACAUCAUAAGUUAAGGAUGGGUCUAGUAAUCGGCAUCACAGCAUGUUGCUGUGCUUACUGCGCUAUCAAGAAGAAGCGGAAACAGAACAGGAGGAGACUCGCAGAGGGUCAGGCCGCCAGCGAAGAAAACGGUCUCGACGACGACGCCGAUGAGAGCAUGAUGAGAGAACAGGGCGACGACGCCACCGACGACGAACUGAACGCCGACUCUCCCCUGCAGGCUGAUGGAAUCGAAAUCGGAAUGAACAGUGACCGGCCGCCGCCUUACCAAGCAGUGUCGGUUCCUAUGGAAACAGUGCUGGAAGAGAUCGACGAGGCAGACGAUAUGAAUAUUGGCGGGAGUAAACAUUCCUCGAACAAAGUGAAAUACAACCAUCUCUCUGAUACCGCAGAAGUAGUGGAAACAUCAAAGGGGGUGGCGCCGGAGACUUCAACAUCCGACGGGAAAGAAAAUAGUCACGCGAGAACCGAAGAAGAUGCUUUCAUUAAAGAAGUCAUCGACAAGAUGUCCGAAAUUGAGGAGGAGGGUGCGUUUGGAGAAGGGAGUAAAAAACAAUCGUCGAAAAAGUACAAAUAUUCGCCGCUGAAAGGACCGACUAGCAGUGAAAGAAAGAGAGUUAAGUCGGGCGACUCUCAAAAGGACCAUGAGGAAAUUAAGACUUCUUGGUCCAAUGACAUGUACAUAGAUGAACCAGCGACUGACGUGUAAUUUUUAUUACCAAUAUUGUUAAUUGUGUCGUGGAUACCACCGGG